GACAAAGUUAAGUAAAAAAAAAUGUCCCCAAAAGCGCAGAUUCUGAGAUCGUUGAUGGAGCAGAGACUAACUGCAGCUGCUGAAGAGAUAUUUGGGCUGUUUGAAAGAACCAUAGCAGAGUACGAGGAGGAACUUUGUCGAACUAAAGAAGAAAACCAGAGACAAAGACAAAUACUGGACUGUGUUUGGAAUCCGACAGUCCUGAUACACAAAACAGACGUCCAGCAGCUGUCGUUGGUUAAAGAAGAGGUUCCUCCUGAGCAGCAGGAGUGGAAUCCCACUGUAGACCAGGGGAAACCAGAACCAGAGCCCCCACACAUUAAAGAAGAACAAGAGGAACUGUGGACCAGCCAGGAAACUAAUUUCACCAAGUUCCCAUCCACUCCUGUCCCUAUGAAGAGGGAAGAUGAUGAUGAGAAGAAAGUUAAGUCCUCACAGUUUAGUCAAAGACAAACUGAGGAGAACAAAGAGGAAGCAAAUAAAGUGGACUGUGGAGGAUCAGAACCAUCCAGCAGCUUCCAUCCACAAAGACAUUUACAAACAAAAACUGGUGAGCAGAAUGAAGACUCUGAGGAAAUCAAGGACAGCGAUGAAGACCAGACCCUGAACCACAAACCUGAGUCAAAGCUUCCAACAAACAGCUCAACUGAACAGAUGGAAACAGACACUGAUGAAGACGAUGGUGGAGGAUCAGAGCCAGACAUUAUCCUGGUCCACAUGAAGAGUGUAAAGGGAAGAACCAUUGACAGUAAGAGUUUACUGGAGGAACACAUGGACACUCACACGGGACAGAAACUGGUUGGUUCUUCUGAAUGUGAAGCAACAUUUUCUCAGAAGAAAAACAUGACACAGGAAACAAACUCACCCAGAGACAUGAUGAAGAAAAAAUACUUGAGUCUAAGUGACCUGGAAUGGAAAAAGAAACUACACCACUGCUCUGUGUGCUUGAAAACAUUUUGCUGGAAGUCAAAGUUAGAAGUCCACAUGAGAAUCCACACUGGAGAGAAGCCAUUUUGUUGUUCAGUUUGUGGAACCAGAUUCACACAGAAGUCAACUUUAAGCAGUCACAUGACGUCCCACACGGGAGAAAAACCAUUCAGUUGUUCACUGUGUCACAAAUGUUUUAGAGACAGAUUUAAGGUCAGGAAACACAUGAGAAUCCACACUGAUGAGAAACCAUUCAGCUGUUCACUGUGUCACAAAUGUUUUAGAGACCGAAGUGAGGUCAGGAGACACAUGAGAAUCCACACUGAUGAGAAACCAUUCAGUUGUUCACUGUGUCACAAAUGUUUUAGAGACCGUAGUGAGGUCAGGAAACACAUGAGAAUCCACACAGGAGAGAAACCAUUCAGCUGUUCAGAAUGCAGUAGAAGAUUUACUCAGAGGACAAAUUUGAACAAUCACAUGAGAGUCCACACAGGAGAGAGACCUUUCAUCUGUGUGGUCUGUCAGAAACGUUUCACACGUAAAGAUCAUCUUCAGACACAUAUGAGGAUCCACACAAGAGAAUAGACAGAAUGUCACAUUUACAUGAAUCAGACCAACAGAGACUAAAGAAAAAUUAUAUAGUCAAAUAUUUGAGGAAAAUCAGCAUAAAUAAUUUCAUCUGAUUUAUUUUCUCAAUUAUUUUUUCAGUGCUGCCAUUUUUUAUA